UGGUCUUCUAAUAAGACAAAUUAAUUUGCUUAUAAUUUUUCUUUAGAUUUCACAACUAUGAUCUUAUUGUCAAGGAAAGCAAAGAUAUAAAAUUGCAGAGGUCAAUUAUUAGAGAGCUGUGGAGCCAACAAACCCUGAAAAUAUCGCCAGGAACCAUUCAAACAGGUACAUAACAAUAAAGACUCAUGUUGAUGGUGCACCAAAAGAGUCCCACUUUGAGCUCAAGACUGCAGCUCUUCUUCUCUCAGCUGAGCCUGGGUCCAAUGAUGUCAUAGUGAAGAAUCUCUAUGUAUCCAUUGACCCAUACCAGAUCAACCGCAUGAAGACUCAGAGUUCGUCUCAGAAAGCCAUAAGUUUUGCAGUUGGUAUAACCCCCGGGGAGGUUAUUGAUGCUUAUGGUGUGGGAAAAGUUGUGGCCUCUGGGAAUCCCAGGUUUGAGAAGGAUGACUUGGUGGUUGGCGUCAUCACUUGGGGAGAAUAUAGUGUAGUAAAAGAAGGAACAAUAUUAAAUAAAUUGGACUCCAUGGGAUUUCCAGAGACUUACCAUCUUGGAGUUCUAGGGUUUAGUGGAUUGUCAGCAUAUGGUGGAUUUUUUGAGCUAUGCAAGCCCAAGAAGGGGGAGAAAGUCUUUGUAUCUGCAGCUUCUGGAUCGGUAGGAAAUUUGGUUGGACAGUUUGCCAAACUUUUUGGUUGCUAUGUUGUUGGCUGUGCCGGAAGCAAGCAAAAGGUAGAAUUGCUUAAAGAAAAGCUUGGAUUUGACGAUGCAUUCAACUACAAGGAAGAAACAGACUUGAAGUCAGCUUUGAAAAGGUACUUCCCAGAUGGAAUUGACAUAUACUUCGACAAUGUGGGGGCUGAGAUGCAGGAAGCAGCAGUUGCCAACAUGAAUGCCUUCGGUAGAGUUGCUGUUUGUGGGGUAAUGUCCGAGUACACGGAUGCUGGAAAACGAGCUGCUCCAGAUAUGCUAGAUGUUGUGUACAAGAGAAUCACAAUCCGAGGAUUUUUGGCAGCUGAUUUUAUGAAUGUGUUUGCAGAUUUUAUAUCAACAACCUCGGAUCACCUUCGUUCGGGUAAUAUGCAGGCAGUUGAAUACAUCACACCUGGGUUGGAGAACAUCCCCUCUGCUUUCAUUGGACUCUUUCGGGGUGACAACAUUGGAAAGACAAUUGUUAAGAUUGCAGAGGAGUGAAUGGAAAGAAAGAAAAAAAAAAGGGUUAUUUUCUUGAAUAAUAAAAUGAAAGGAACACUACUCCAUUAAUCAUUUUGUUGGUCUUAUGGUGAUUGUAGUUUUCAUUGUUGUUGUUGUUGUUGUUUUUUUUUUUUUUUUUUUUUGUGCCUCUGAUGGCAGUUGUUAGUAGUAGCUACUUUCCUAGCAAUUCAUGAGAAUUAUCGAGCACUGACAGUACCAAUUGUCGGAUGAUGACUUGUCUUU